GCAGCCGGCUCCGGGGCGCUUGCUCGGGCCGGCAGAACUUCCCGCGGCCCGCGGGCCCGUGCGAGGCCGCAGUGAGGAGGCCGUGGGGGGCAGAGGCUGCCUUAGGGGAUUCCUGGAGGCGGGACAUUGGGGCGCCCUGCGGGUGGAGCUAGCCAUUGAGCAGUCCAGGCACCGCUCUGGGCUGCUGACGGGCAUCGUCUGUUAAUCCUCAGAACAUCCCGGGGAGGCUCCCUUCUGCUGGGCCAUGAGUGAGCUCAAGGACUGCCCCUUGCAGUUCCACGACUUCAAGUCCGUGGACCACCUGAAGGUGUGCCCCCGCUACACAGCGGUGCUGGCCCGCUCCGAGGACGAUGGCAUCGGCAUCGAGGAGCUGGACACCCUGCAGCUGGAGCUGGAGACCCUGCUGUCCUCCGCCAGCCGGCGCCUGCGUGUGCUCGAGGCCGAAACCCAGAUCCUCACUGACUGGCAGGACAAGAAAGGUGACCGACGGUUCCUCAAGCUGGGUCGAGACCACGAGCUGGGAGCCCCCCCCAAACACGGGAAGCCCAAGAAGCAGAAGCUGGAGGGAAAGGCGGGACACGGCCCCGGCCCCGGCCCCGGGCGGCCCAAGUCCAAGAACCUUCAGCCCAAGAUCCAAGAAUACGAAUUCACCGAUGACCCAAUUGACGUGCCACGGAUCCCCAAGAAUGAUGCCCCCAACAGGUUCUGGGCCUCAGUGGAGCCCUACUGUGCUGACAUCACCAGUGAGGAGGUGCGUACGCUGGAGGAGCUCCUGAAACCCCCUGAAGACGAAGCUGAACAUUACAAGAUCCCGCCCCUGGGGAAGCACUACUCCCAGCGCUGGGCCCAGGAGGACCUGCUGGAGGAGCAGAAAGACGGGGCCCGGGCUGCAGCCGUGGCUGACAAGAAGAAAGGCCUCCUGGGGCCGCUGACCGAGCUGGACACUAAAGACGUGGACGCCCUGCUGAAGAAGUCAGAGGCACAGCACGAGCAGCCGGAAGACGGGUGCCCCUUCGGCGCGCUGACCCAGCGCCUGCUUCAGGCCCUGGUGGAGGAGAAUAUCAUUUCCCCCAUGGAGGACUCCCCCAUUCCUGACAUGCCUGCCAAGGAGUCGGGGGCCGACGGGGCCAGCACCUCCCCCCGCAAUCAGAACAAGCCCUUCAGUGUGCCACACACCAAGUCCCUGGAGAGCCGCAUCAAGGAGGAGCUGAUUGCCCAGGGCCUGCUGGAGUCGGAGGACCGCCCCGCGGAGGACUCCGAGGACGAGGUCCUGGCCGAGCUGCGCAAACGGCAGGCGGAGCUGAAGGCCCUGAGCGCGCACAACCGCACCAAGAAGCACGACCUGCUGAGGCUGGCGAAGGAGGAGGUGAGCCGCCAGGAGCUGAGGCAGCGGGUCCGCAUGGCCGACAACGAGGUCAUGGACGCCUUCCGCAAGAUCAUGGCCGCGCGGCAGAAGAAGCGGACCCCCACCAAGAAGGAGAAGGACCAGGCCUGGAAGACGCUGAAGGAGCGCGAGAGCAUCCUGAAGCUGCUGGACGGGUAGCCCCGGGCCACCUGCCCCGGCCUGGGUCUCUCCCCUCCCCUGCAGGGUGCUGUGGCUGCUCACUGGGCGCUGACAGGCAGCCUCCCGGGGAACGUGGCCCUGCGUGGCCCUGCGGGAGUCUCCUGCAGCCGGGACGCGGGAGGCCCUGCUGGGCUGGCUCGGGCCCAGUUCCUGCUCAGUCCCUGGGAAGGGGCGGGGCUUCAUUUCUGGCUCUUUCUACUCCCCUUCUCGGUGUCCCCCUCCCUGAACCUCCCCCUCCCCCUCCCCCUCGAGGACUUCUCCCUUGUGGUUUUGUAAAGUGCAAACUUAAGAAUAAAGUGACUGCUGUGGUUUUUCAAAAAAAGCA